AUGCGCCAGUCUUACGCGCCGGCCGCGAGCGGUGGUAGGAGAUCGAGUGUCUUUACGGGUGGGAGGCAGUCGAUUGCUGGUGGGAUGAGUGGAGGGUUUUUAUCGCAGUCUGGGUCCGCGAACGCGACGAUGAAGCCGAAGGACCCAAGGCCGUUGAAGGAUCGCGCAUUUCAGCAGCAGACGAUUGAGAAUAUUAUGAAUUACCUUGCGCGAUCGAACUUUCCUCACGAUAUCAAUCCGAAGGGAUUGGCGCAGCCGACAAACAAGGACUUCAACAACGUGUUCAAAUGGUUGUACAACGCGCUUGAUCCCAACUAUCAGUUUGUGAAGAAGAUGGAGGAUGAGGUUAUUCAGUGUCUGAAGGGGAUCAGGUACCCAUUCUAUGCGGAUAUUUCGAGAACAGCGAUUCAGGCGGUUGGUAACUCGAACACCUGGCCACCACUCCUUGGUAUGCUCGGGUGGCUGUGCGAUAUCGUCACCGCUACCGAAAACAUCGCCGUUGGUGAGCUUCAGAGCCAGAUCGACCCGGCGGACUCCACUGCAUCGGAAAAGCUCUUCUUCGACUAUCUUACCAAAGCUUACGCAGACUUCUUGGCUGGAGCUGACGAGUUCGAUGCCCAACAAGCUGAGCUCACUGCCGAGUUUGACAGACGUAACGGCGAGGUCUUGGGUGAGAUUGAGAAGUUGGAGAAAGAGGUUGCUGAGACGGAGGCUGCGCUGAAGAAGUUGAACGUGGAUCAGCCACCGCUGGACAUUUUGGACAACGAGAGACAGGUGUUGACGAGUGAUAAGCAGAAGUUUGAAAAGUAUAUUGAGCACGUUGAGGGGAAGAAGAGGAAGUUUACGGAGUACAAUGCUAGGAUGAGGGAAGAGAUUGUUGCAAAAGAGCAAGAAAUCAAGCAGCUGGCGGCCGAGAAAUCCGAACUUCAAGCCCAAGUCGAUGCUCAGCCCGUAUCACCUGCCGAAGUCGACCGAAUGACCGCCGAACGGGAGAAACUUAUCAAGGACCUCGACAUUGUCCAGAACAAGUCAGAUGAGAUUUCUAAGGUACUCUACGACCGUGAAAUUGCAUCGCAGAAGCGUGCCGAGGUGGUGGAGAAGUUGAUCAGCACUUACAACACCCUUGGAUACCGUAUCGGCGUGAUUCCGGAAACUGCACCACAUGCCAACGGACACAGUUUCGAAUUGGAUCUUACGGCUGAGCAGGAGGAUGGCAGUGUUAACACACGUCCAGACAAGAUGGUCAACCGAGACCUGCGACAUGAGAUUAGGCCGUUGCUGACGCAGCUCCGCGCUGACAUGGGAGGAAAGGUACAUGCUCAGCAAAACGAGUCGCUACGAUUGGACGAUAUUCUUGGCCGCGUCUGUGAAGGUCUGCAAGAUAAGCGUGAUGAGCUUGAUACCAUGGAGGCAAGGAUUGCGUCAACAGUUGAGCAGAGCGAGUCCCUCAAGGAGACAUCUGCAGCCGAGUCGACCCGCUCCAACGCCGAGGCGGAGAGGUUGGAGCGCGAGUUGCAGCAUGUGAGACUGAAUGCUCAGGCUGGUGUGCUGGCUAUCGAGCAGCGUGCUCAGGCUGUCGCUAUUGAGUAUGACACUCUUGCCCAGGAGGCAAAUGAGCGGAGGGAGGAAAUGUAUACUCAGGUGAUCAAGGUGUUGGAUGAGGUCAUCAAGUUCAAGUUGUACGUGCAGUCUGGACUUGAGACGCUCGAGACGGAGGUUCUCGAGGAGCAGGAGGCUGAGAUGACGGCAAAGAUGGAGAGUGCGAAGUUGGAGUAA